CUCGAUUUGAAAGGACUUGAAACCCGACUCAGCCAUGUCUGCCCCGCAACGUGUCGCGCGCUUGCGCCCGCGUUCACGCUCACGGUCUCGAGACGUCAAAGCCUCCCUGGGCAAAGCAGAGCGGAGCCCCGAGGGUCGCCCUGAGGGCCGGCGCCGGCGCCGGGGCGGCCGCGGCCGUGACGGCCGGGAGGGCCGAGAGGGCCGUGAGGGCCGAGAGGGUCGGGAGGGUCGCAGCGGCCGUGCGCGGCUCAAGAGACGGAGUCGAGGCAGACGGCGGCGGCGCCAUGAGCACGGAAGGCGUCAUAGAAGACGAAGGCCCAGCCGCGGUCGCAGACGAGGUCGCAGACGAGGAGGUGCUCGCCAUGGUCGGAGGAGGAGAAGGAAAGCGUCACAGGAAAAACCGGCCUCUGACGGGCCCGAGGAGUCAGAGGCCGAGGAAGGCACAGCAGACGAGUCAGAGGAGGCUGAGAGUGAAGAGGCAUCUGAAGAAGAAAAGGAAGACACACAGAAGGAGGAGGCCCUGAAAGCUGCGCAAGCUGCUUUGGCUGAUGCUGAAGCGGAAAUGCAGGCUGCUCAGACAGAAGUCUCGGAAGCAGAAAUGAAGCUUCUCAGCGCAGAAUCGGAGGCAGAUGAGGCUGUCUCGAAGCAGGUGGUUGAAGCUGGGCAGCAGGCUCGCGUUGACCUAGAUGAGCAGCUUCGUGUAGCGAAAGAGGAUUUCGAGAUUGCCCGGGAAGAAGCCAUGCAGAAAGCGCGAGAUGACCUCCAGGCCGCCCGGGAUGAGAAAAUUGCGGACGCGCACCGGGAGUUUGAAGAAGGUAUGGAGAAGGCAGAAACACGCAUCCAGCAGGAAGUUGCAAAAGCCAUGGAAGAUGAAGAAGCACGGCUGAAAGAGCAGUCUGCUGCCAGUGUGGCGAAGGCCAAGGAGGAGAUUUUCAAGGAGGCAAUCCCAGCGGCUCAAAGAGAAGCAAAGGAGUCUGCUCAGAAGAGGCUUGCUGCGGCUCAGGCCAAGCUGCGAAGCGCCAAGCGGAAAGUGGCAGAGCUGGAGAGCAACGGCGAGGUGAGAGAUGAAGAGGACGAGAAAGAAGAUGCCAAUGAUGACAAAGAGGAGAAAGAGGCUGAGAAGAAGGGUUCCGACUAUUCAGACUACUCAUACUCUGAUGAGGGAGGUGAUGCUGCUUGACCCGCCGCGACCUACGCGGGUCGUGACGUGUCGGCUUGAGGAUGUUGGGCGUCAGUUGGUGCAACUUCCUCUCUCAGAGCUGGAGCAUGAAACCAGCAGGGGGCAGAAACACGCCGC